CUCAGAACUAAACCCUGUACCUUCUGAAACAGAGGGAUCUUAAAAAGUUAGAGACCAACCAGCACUCUUUGGUGGUAUUUUUAUUAAAGAACAUCACGAUGACCAAAUUACUGUGGAGGUGCGCAGCACUGUUGACACUGCUUGUUACAGUUGAGUCUCUCACCUGUUACACCUGUGAUGUCAAUAUCCUCGACUCCUGCCUUAUCACAGCUCCUGUAAAUUGCACGGGAGCUCAGGACAGAUGCUUCUCUGCAGUUGCGAAGUUUAGUGGCCCCCUCUUGGAUGUCCAUCAGCGAGGCUGCACAGAAAAAUCCGACUGUGAAAGCAGUAAUGGCACCAUCCUGAAUGUUAACUACACGAUCACAAAGACCUGCUGCAGUGCCGACCUCUGUAACGGAGCUGCCCCCAUCCAGCUGCCUCUCGCUGCAGCUCUGGGUGCUGCUCUGGUGGCACUCUGGAGCCAGUGGGACCUUUAACGAAGAAUUCAGGAGGAAGAAAACAAGUUGCUGCACAUUUUCAUUUAAAAUAUUUCUGUCCUUAAAUUUCAUGAAUAUGCUUUGAAUAAGUGUAAGUGUCCUGAUGAUAUAUAAUGGAGGGAUACUGGCCGCAUGAUAUGACUAUAUACAGCAUCAUAUGAAUUUAUUGUACAAGUAAAUUCUAGCUGUAUAUCAGAA